CUUGGAAUAGGGCAAGACAGUCGUGCCUUAGUCCACAAAACCAAAACUCCUCAGAUCCUAAGUUCCUCCACGUUCACCUCUAAACGUUUGUCCUUCAGAAAACUCCAGUGUCUGCCGGAUUGCUUCCUAGGUGCUGCCUGCACGCCUCAGGGAUUCGCCCUGAUCCAACAUAACUUCCGUUCACCUUAGGAAGUCCCUCUCAUCGCCUUAGUUACCGGGAAGCGAGAAUGAUGACGUGUGGCACCGGAAAAAGGAGGGGCACCAUGCGGAGGAAACUGAAGCUGGCCGGGAAAAGGUUUGCUUUGGCCACCUUGUGCGGCAAGGACCGCCGGCGCCCCAGAACUACAAUUCCCAGAAUGCCACGGUGCAGGCUCCUCGGCGGAUGCAGUCUGGAGCUCCCGGUACUACAGGUUCGGCUGCUGGGGGACACUGGACCCUCUGCGCUCAUGGCUUCCCCAAGCAAGGCAGUUAUUGUUCCCGGGAACGGAGGCGGGGAUGUGGCCACGCACGGCUGGUACGGCUGGGUGAAGAAAGGGCUGGAGCAGAUACCUGGUUUCCAGUGUUUGGCUAAAAACAUGCCUGACCCAAUUACAGCUCAAGAGAGCAUCUGGCUGCCCUUCAUGGAGAUGGAGCUGCACUGUGAUGAGAAGACUGUCAUCAUAGGCCACAGUUCUGGGGCCAUUGCAGCCAUGAGGUAUGCAGAAACACACCAAGUAUAUGCUAUCGUGUUAGUGUCUGCAUACACCUCCGACUUGGGGGAUGAAAAUGAGCGGGCCAGUGGAUACUUCAAUCGUCCCUGGCAGUGGGAGAAGAUCAAAGCCAACUGCGCUCAUAUUGUGCAGUUUGGCUCCACUGAUGAUCCUUUCCUUCCCUGGAAAGAACAACAAGAAGUGGCUGAUAGGUUGGAAGCCAAAUUGUACAAAUUCAGUGACCGUGGCCACUUUCAGAACACGGAGUUUCAUGAACUGAUUAGUGUGGUAAAGUCUAUGCUGAAAGUGCCAGCAUAGACAGGAUGGGAUUUCUGCUAUUUUGCAUUCCGGUAUAGGGGUAGAGCAAUUAUCAGGUUAUUAAUAGAUAAAAAUUAUCUGUGAUCAGAUUAGUGGACACAUAAAACAGGUCAAAUUAAGUUCUGAAAAAAACAGAAGUUCAAUGUUCAAACUAAGUUACAAACAGCAUUUCCAUUUUCCAUAGGAUCUAUAUCUCGCAAACUGCUAUGAACUAAAGCAGUAUUUUUCCCAUUUGAGUCAGGACAUAAAGAGAGCUUAACUACCUUUAUCUGUCCAAAGUGAAUAAGCAGAAAUGGAAUCCAGGUUUCCUGAUUCCCAGUCCAGGUUAAAAUGAAGUAGUUUCGUGUAGGUUGUAAGAGUGGUACUCCUCUUUGAAAUGAACCUUUUGUUAUUUUGGGGGGAAAGAAAACACGACUAAAGGUCCAGAGUGCUGGCUUAGAGCUCAAACCACUAGCUAUUUUGAGCUGGCCCAGGACAUUAAACCUAGACUAGGGCCUCCAUCUUUGACACCCUGCCCUGGUCCUUCAUGGAUCUGAGUCAGGGGUCUGCCAGGUCAGACAGGGACCGUAAGCCCAGCCUGGACAUACAUACAUGAGCAUAGCCAACCAGAUCUGUGCUAGACCAGAGUGGUGGGGAUUAGGGUAACAUGGCGAACUCAUGUCCUGUCUAAAUUGUUGCCAUGUGGGAAGGGGGCAGAGUGUUGCCAAUUUUCUGAUUUUUCAAGGAAAAAAUUUCAUGCAGUGGUUUUUAUAUUUAAGGACUAUAUAUAUGUUUGUAUACACAGUUCAUAUGUAUAUGAGUUGUGUCCAAUACAUGUACAUAUGGAUGAUGUAAGUUGGCAACGACAGUUAAAAAAAAAAUUUACAAACAGUGCAAGACACACAAAGUCCAAGCCACCCAUUUGUGACCUCUGCCAUUAGGAUUAACUUAGCCAGGUGCUUUAAAUGAUUCUCUAUGAAGCCUGAGAAAUGAACAUAAUGUCAAAGGAUGCAAUCAUGGGAACAAUUUGGAUUUUGUUACAAAAUCUUAAGUAUUUUUUAAAAGAAUCUUUCCAUACCUCAAAUUUUGUUCUGUAAAGAAUUCUACCUUUUAACUUCCAUGGUCCUUUGCCUCUCUUUUAAGCCUCAUUCCAUGAUUUUUUUUCUGAUCAUAUUCCCUCAAAAAAAUGCUUAUUUCCCAACAUUUUUUGGCUAUUAUGAUCCCUAAGUAUUGCCUCAAACAACUUCCAGUGACUUCAUACUUGAUGUUGCAGAACCUGAUGUUUGCUGCAAAGAUGUGAAUUCCCUGUUUAUGUCUAAAGGAGAUUCAAAGCCAUCAUUUUAACCAGAAAAGUCUUGGUUUCUAAAUGUGCUCAAAGAAAAAAGAUAAAGACUCUCAACUUUUAAUGGCAAUUUCUUUGGGGAAUAGGAAUUUUAGAUAUGGUGUGGUGGGAGUCUCCUUCUUAUUUUGUACACCUGAGUAUUAUUUGAGUUUAUUAUAGUGAACAUGUAUUACUUUUAUAAAUAAAAAAAUUAAGAUUUAGAACAACUCAUUUGACACGUUAGUGAAAAGCAAAUUCAAUAAAUCAAUUGAAUAAUAAUUUUCUUAAAGAGGUUGUUUAGCAAUGAUUUGAUCAAGCCUAUAACCAAAAUUUGAUUCUUUUUGAUUUGGAAUUAGUCAUUGCUCUACUUACUCUCAGUCUUGUUUUCUGAAGUCCUUUGUCAAAAAAUUACAAACUUAUACAAAUAACAGUUAAUAAUAUUUUGUUGUCCUCUUCUUCCACAGAAAAGCAACAAAUCUAUACAAUUGAGAAAUAAUUAAUUUUGAUAUUCUUCAUUCCUAUAAUUAAUGUAGACCUAUGACUGUUGAGUUGUGCUAUCCAAUAUGGUAGCCAGUAACCACAGGUAGCUAUAAAAUUAAAAAUUCAGUUCUUCAUUCACACUAGCCACAUUUCAAGUCUUAACAGCCACAAGUGACUAGCGGCUACCUUAUUGAACAGCAGAUAUGGAAUACUGUCAUCAAAAGUUUGGGGGACAGCAGCGUCCUAGGACAUGUAUUUUUAUUCUCCCCUUACCCACCAUGUAAUAAUAAUGGUUCAAAGUAAAAGUCACUCAACUUGAAAUUACUUGUUUGACUUGUUUACUCAGUUGAUCACCAUAAAAAUCAUGGCUCCAUAAAAUUUACUCCUCACCAAACCAAGCUCAGAGGAGUUUUAUGGAAGAAUCCCACAUAAACUAUUCAUUUAAACCACUGAA